UCGACCUUAGAACAGUGUUAUAGAACCUACCUAUCUACACUAGACGUUCGUAGUGGAGUGCAGUGUACAGUGCGUGUGUAAAACCGUUUUAUAUGUGCUGUGUUGUGUUAAAAAUGUGAGCGGCGUGAUGCGUCAACGCCUGUGAUGUCCGGUCUAAUAUGCAGUGGGGCGGCCUCUACUUUGUGUGUCUAGCAUUAUGCUGCUUACAUACUGCGUCAGAACCGCUACUGAUACCGGAAGAUUAUCACACAAACGGCAUCCGAACACGUCGGAGCGAUGAAAAGGACGGGCUCGCUCUGUCCAGGGAAAUAUUUAAGAACAUUACCAAGAAGCUGCGGGAAAAUAUUAAGCUAGAGGCAACUGACGGGAGCGAUCAUUUGUUACACAAUAAGGUCGCGGAUUCCCGUCACUAUGCGCCAUAUCAAGAAUAUCACCACUACGAACGGCACUGGGGCCCGUAUUUUGAGGAGAGGAACAUUACUACAGCGACGGCGCAUGUCGGAUCAGAAGCUCUAUUGAAUUGCCGAGUCGUAAUGCUCAAAGACAAAACCGUCAUGUGGCUGAGGAAUACAACAGACACGGCUCAGCUCCUCACUGUUGGCCCUGCACCCUACGCCGGAGAUAACCGGGUAGCUGUUAAAUUUCAAUACCCAAAUAACUGGAGACUUAGUAUUAACCCAGUAAAGUGGUCCGACGCGGGUCUUUAUAUGUGCCAAAUAUCUACACAUCCACCGAGAAUUAUAUAUGCUAAUUUUAGCGUGCUAUCUCCCGUAUUAACUAUAAAUGGCGAUAAAACACACGACGUAAAAGAUAGGUUCUAUAAAGCCGGCAGUUCCAUAAAGCUUUCCUGCGUUAUAUCAGAGGAAUACGUUUCAUCACUACCCACUAAAUCAACGGCGACUACUAAAGCGAUGCCAACCACAACAACGCCUUUAACGACUACAACGGAAUUGACUACUAAAAUGAGCACAAUAUUCAAUAGAAUAGAUUUAAUGUUGAACAAAAGUUGGAGUGUAGAGACUACGACGAUUACGUCAACAGUUAGCAUAAGUACGACGGCUAAGAGCACAGAGUGGACAACUACAACAGAACUAACUACUCUUAAGCCGGUCACAAGAGCUGUGGUGAACAAUGUUUACGGACUUACUUGGAAAAAACAAGGAAAGGACUUUGUUGAUUCUGUUUCAUGGCGUAAUAUGAGCGCCACCAUUAGUGUAACAUCAGCGUCGCAGAACGACUCCGGGACUUACACAUGUCAUUUACUCAACCAUUCGCAAGUUACCGUCAACGUACAUGUUUUGAUUGGUGAAAAUCAAGCUGCGGUUCAUCAUGAUACGUGGAACAAAGGAUUUCUUGUCUGGAAACCCCACAGUUUGUGUUUAUUAACUAUCGUAGCGAUAUUAUUAAUUUUUACAUAAAGG